CUCAGAGAAGUUUUUUCCCCAGUUUCACUUUCAGGGCUUGGACUUGUUUUGGGAUUGGCUAGUGACUCAGCCUGUUGUGCUGGUGUGAGACUCCUCACCAAACCACUGCAGAAAUGAGGAAGUGCUGGAUCACUGUUCAGCCAGGAACUUUCUGAGCAGCAGGUUGCAAAGUGGCUCUCCCACAGGUUACGAAGCUGAACACCUGGUGCUGCUUCCUAGCGGGAGAGUGGCCAGGGAGUGAGGCACUUAAUUGCUGACGCCAGCCUUGUGCCUCUGCCCGUGGAAGACGAAGCUGCUGAUUAAGCAAUGCUAAAAGCUAUUGUGAUCACUGAGCAGCCGGCCUCCGCCUCCAUCCCUGUCGGUUACUCCCUCACGAUGCGAUGUAGGGCCACAGCCUGCACCUCCCUACAGUACCAGUGGUUUCUACCAGUACCAGGUUCCGUUUUCUUUCAGUCUGCUUGCUGCCAGAUUGUGGGGGCCACGGAGCCAGAUUUGCUCAUCACUGCAAAUGAAACCCGACUGUACAUCUGCCGAAUCAAUAACCUGCAAAACGUCACCUUCUCUAACUGGGUGAGAGUAGAGGUCCAUCCGCACAUUGCCAAAGGCCUGCUCCCUGAGCUGUGGCAAGGAGAACCUGUCGUAGUCCUCAAUCCCACUGCACCAGAGGUAAAGGUGGGCAAGCCACUUCAGCUGCAGUGUGCUGCUCUGGGGGUGCCAGCCCCACACUACCAGUGGUACCACAACGGGAUCCCCAUGAAGCAUCAGAAGAAGAAGAAACUCUUGAUCAACUCUGCGAAGCUGAGUGACUCUGGCACGUACCUUUGCUGUGCAGCCAAUGGCCAAGGGGAACACUGGACUGAUGCCCUGGAGAUUCACAUAGGUGCGUGUCUGGCAGAUCCAUUUUUCGCAACAGACAAGGUCGCACUUUUGGUGGGCAACAACCAUUACUGGAAUCAUCCGCACCUGAUGGCUCCCAUCACUGAUGUGUUUGAACUCAGCCUUCUCCUAAAGCGACUGGGAUUCCGGGUGGUCUCCCUCCUGGACCUGAACAAGGCGGAGAUGCUGAUAGCUGUCAAUCAGUUCCUGCAGCUCUUGGGGAAAGGAGUCUAUGCCGUAUUCUACUAUGCUGGGCACGGAUACGAACAUUCUGGGAGAAACUACAUGGUCCCCAUUGACGCCCCACAGCCCUAUGCCCCUGAGAACUGCAUCAGCGUGCAGAGGAUCCUCCAGAAGAUGCAGCAGAGGCAGACGGCCCUCAACCUCAUCCUGCUGGACACCUGCAGGAAAUGGUACAACCCGCAGUGUGCGCUGUCGCAGGUGCAGCCGCUGGAGCCCUGGGGGAAUACAGUUUAUGGCUAUGCCACGAGUGAAGAUGCCGAAGCCUAUGAAGUGCAGGAUGGGGAGUUCAGCUCCGGGAUCUUCAUGAAGUACCUGAAAAAGCACAUUCUACAGGAAAAGAAAGUGACCCACGUGCUGGAGGAUGUGUUGGAAGACAUUGGCCGGGACCCCUUGGUAACUGGGAAGCAGGUGAUGGAGAUCAAGCACACUCUGAAGGAAGCCCGGGCGCUGACAGACCCUAUCUGCACCACUGGGCCGACUGCAGAGCUCUGGGGACACAGCCAUGAGUUGCUGAAGGAGACACUGACUUUUCCAUGUGGCAUCCAAGUAGAGCUACGCUUCCAGGUGGUUUUCUCUAACGUAAUGCAUGUGAGUGCAAAGCUGCAGACUCCACCUCCACAUGUCACCGACAUCCGACUCCUGCUCUGCAGACCCGCGGAGGUGCAAGAACUGGCCGUGCUGACUGACUGCCAGUCUGACCGGGUGGUGUCGUUACUUGUCUCACUGUAUGAGCAAGAGGAAUUGGACUGUGUGCUCCGGCUCUAUGGCCUACAGAAAAUUCAGACCGAUGUGCUGCUGCAGUUGGAUUUGCAUUACACCCAGCUUGGCACCAAGCAGAGGGCUUGCGAGAGUCUGCAGAAAAUCCUCCAGAAAUCUCUGCUAGCAAAACUGUUCAGCCAGAAAAGCUCUGCAAACCCAUCCUGCAUGGUGGGCCAAAAGGCUGCUGCCACCGUGUGCCCCAAGGCUGCCCCUGCUGUGAAUGCAGCCCAUGAGAGGUCCAGCUCUCUGAGAGCAGAGCCCAGACACAGCUGGCAAUGUAGCAACCAGUCAAACAUAUGCAGCGAGCCAGAGGAAAACGAUGAGAGUGACUUGAGCAGCCUCUGCUCAGCCCUGCAAAGGGCUGGCCCAGGGCAGAAUUGUCCUUGACGUGUGGGGGAGUUCAGCUCACUAUCAGCAGACUGUAUUUCAAGUUACAAGCCAGACAACUCCCAUAAUCUGUAUUCUAAUCUGAGCUCUUCUCCAGUCCGGCGUGGAUCACAUCCAGAUGGUCAAGGCUGCUAUUGAAAGGGUUUCUCUUCUCAUCCCACUAGCAGGGAGUCCUAGUGAGUGUUAUCUGACUCACAGGCAAAGCUAUAAGCUGUUUAAAACAAGGGCCUCCUGCAGACGGGUGAUUUUACUAUCCACUAGACAGUGUGACUGACAUGAGUUAUCACAUUCCCCAACAACAAGCGUCAUUCAUUUACAGCCAGUGUUGGCAACUGAGCUGCUUUGAGAUUCUCAUUUUAAUAAGCAAAUGUCUACAUCAAGCACUGACAAAAUGGUAAGAAACGGUAAGUGAAGAGACCCAAGAACCUUGCAGGCAUGUCUGAUACAACCACAGAUACAAUUAAAAAAGCAAAUAGUUCCCUCAACUCUGUAUAAAUAUUACAAAGAAUUAACGAAUGACGAAUGUAAAAUUGUAUGAAUGUGUACUGUGUUCAGUAUGUAGUACUGAAAUAGUGUUAGGCUUUUCUAUCUAAUAGGAACAUGCAACAAACAAUUGUACAAUAACGUUUAUUUGUGUUUCUAAAGGAUAUAUUUGAGUUUUGUAUUUAGGAUUGUGUUCAUUGUUCUCUAAACCAAAUUCUGAUAUCAUUUUGGGAAUGCACAUAAUUUUAAUGUAUUUUAACAUAUUUAUUACAUUGUUUUUUCCCUGGAUC